UAAUAAACAUCAUCAAAAAUAGAAGAGAAGUACGUAUCUCAUUGUUCUUGUACAAUUUUAUUUUCAAUAAGUUAAGAAUAGAGCUUAUUCAUCACAGAAAAUCAAUUUGCUUGAGUGGUAAUGAGAAUGAUUGGGCUAUUAAAACGUCGCAGCAAUACAAAGUGAGCAUUAAUAGGUACAUUUGAAUUAAGUUACCCUGCAUAAACAUCCAACUGAACACAGUUUAAAUUUUUCCAGUAAUCGAAACAGAUCGAUCCACAUACAAACUCAUUAAGUCUUACUAUUAUUAUUAUAAUUAUAACCAUUCGUUGAAAGACGAUGGAACUAAAGUUUUGCCGUAAAUUUUUUAACAUUCAGCCGUUUUGUGAGCGUCUUAUAUUUUAUAGUUACUUACUUUGUUUCAAAAUAUCAGGAUUAGCGCCCUUUGAAAUGAAAAUUUCAUGUUUCUUCAAUAACCAAAACAAGCACGAGACUAUUAAAUUAACCGCGCCAUGCAAAGUGUCAGAUUAUGCUUUUAUUUACAAUGCAUUAUUGUUAAUAUCCAUGACGACAUACUUCGUAGUGCUCUACUUAUCUCCAUCUUGGGAAAAAAUCUACAUCCACUCGUGUACACUAGGUACAAUCGGAAAAGGUCUCAUUAUUUUGGGCGCCACAACCAGCGUCAUCAUCUGGUUUAUUUACAUUUUAAAACAAAGUGUUAUUGUAAGCAUAGCUAAUGAGAUUUACCGAGUGAACAAUGCUCUAAAAAGGUGCAAACACUAUGAACUGAAGACCAAUUACUUUAUUUACUUUAUUUUUAUCGGAAAUUUUAUUAUGUGCUUCUUUAUAAUGCUAGUUGGAAUAGCCACUCAUGAAUAUGUAUCAGUUCCGUUUUGGAGCAUACCGUGUAUUUUGGUUAGCUGGGUUAUAAUCCAGUAUACAAUAACACUGAUUGUAAUCAACCAAAAUAUUGCUUGUUUAAAUGAAAUGCUUCUGAAGCUGGGAAAUGUCGAUACCAAGAUUAAAUUUCAGAAAUUAUUUGUUACUAAAUUUCCUCUUCGUGAAGCAAUCAUUCUAGAUAUAAUUAACAUGAAUCAUGCUAACAAGAAACUGUGCAAAAUAUGCAAUGAUGCCGCUAAUUUCUUCACCAUUCCUAUUUUAUCGGCAAUCAUAUAUUUUGCUAUGACGACCAUUUACGAGUUACGCUAUCUGUUUUUGGCGAUUACUAAUAAAAGCUAUGGAACAAUACCUCCAUUUUUGAUACACCUAGACAGUGUUUCUUGGUUUGUUAUAGUACUUUUUGAUCUCACUGCAUUUACUUCCAGUGUUACUAGUACUACUCGAGAGUUCAAAAAGACGGCACUUUAUAUUCAUUUGCUGUUAGAUCGAUGCACCAUGGAUUUGCCAACGGAAAAAAUGUUGAUUGAAUUUUCACGAGAUCUAUUGCACAGAAAUGUUGAAUUCACCGCUUUUCAUAUUACUGUACUUGAUGGUUCUCUUCUACAUUCAUUUUUUGGUACAAUCGUAACCUACUUGAUUAUUCUCACUCAAUUUCGUGUACGAUGAAUCCAAUGGGAUUUUCUUUCGUUAUUAAGAAAAGAAAUUCAAAAAAUUUUCUAUAAAGAUGAAAUGAGAAUAUUGUAAACCGUCUAGAUUAGAAC